CAGAAUCAUGCUUGCUAGAUGAGCAGCACAGAGGAAAGGAGACAGUGUUCCUGUGAUCUGAUGCUGAAGGACAGAACCAACUAUAGGGAGAGAUGAUACUGAGCAAUAAGGUCCUCCUCAAGAUCUGCCAGGCAACUUUCCGGGAAAAGACAUACUUUACUUUGUGCUGCAUCAACCUCAUCUUGCUCGUAAUUGUCAUAGGAUCUCCCUUAAUGCUAUGGCAUCAUUAUGAAGAUGCUCAAUAUUUAAUGUUGGGAUGGUGGACCAUAUGUGAUCAGUUAGGAUGCGAUGCCAUUUUUGUCAUAAAUGGAUAUAUGGAGGCUACUCAGAUCCUUUCAAUAUUAGCUGUCCUUAUGAGUUUAAUUGCUGUGGUUUCAUCACGGGAUCUCCUCUCUCGCCUUGCAACCGUGAAGAUAUGUGAAGCCCUGAUUUCUUCUCUGGCUAACUUCAGCACAGGAAUCAUCCUGGUGUGCUCUCUGGUGAUUACAGACAUGAAGCUUAGAACCGAAGUAGAUACAGAUGGCACUCGCCUCACACCUUUCUGCGGUUUCUUCCUAGCUUGCUUUGUCUGCAUCUUGUGCUUUCUCUUGGGCACACAGAGCCUGCUGCGGCACUUGGGCUUCACUUCAGCAGAGGAGAGGUUGUGCGUGGAAAUAUCCCCAGAGAAGAGUACACACCACCACACAGAGCUGCAAUUGUAGACCAUAGUCCAUAUCUACAACCACAGACGUUUCCCUAUUGGAGCUAAACAUGGGACCCUGGAACAUGAUUGGAUAAUGGUUUAGGAUGGUCUGCCUUGGCUAACCUGGUGGCCUCCACAUCUCUCCGGAACAGCUGAUUACUUUACUCUCAAUUUUUACCCACAUCACUUUUACUCAGCAACAUUGAAAAAUACAAUAAAAUAAUAAAAACA